AUGCCUUCCACCAUACAAACCACGCAAGAUGCCCACCGUCUAUGCGUUCUCAUCCACGGGUACGUCUCCAACUCGUCUCCCAUUCCCCUAACGAGGAACUAAUGAAAUCCAGGUUCUGGGGAAGCCCAAAAGAUCUCCAAGUCAUGGCACAGACCCUGCAAACCAAGGACCCGAGCCUGCACAUCCUUAUAGCGAAAAGCAACAAUGGAAACUUCACCUACGAUGGCAUCGAUAUAGGCGGGGAGCGAAUCUGUCAGGAAAUCGAAGAGGAAAUUGGGGAUCUGGCGAGGGAUGGGCUGGAAGUGACGAAGUUGUCGUUGAUUGGGUACUCGCUUGGGGGUCUGAUAGCGAGGUAUGCGGCGGGUCUUUUGUAUGGGAAGGGGGUUUUUGAGAGGAUUGAGCCUGUAGUAUGAAACCUCUCAUUACGUACUCUAAUUUCCAAAAGUUCCAUAAAGCUGAUGUCAAAACAUAGAACUUCACAACCUUCGUCUCACCUCACCUCGGGGUACGAGCACCAUUGAGAGGCUGGCAAGACACCCUCUGGAACGUCUUCGGAGCUCGUACACUACUCACCUCCGGCUGGCAACUCUUCAUGAUCGAUAAAUUCCGUGACACCAACCGUCCUCUGCUGGAAAUCCUCUCGGAUCCAAAUUCCAUAUUCAUGAAGGGACUGGAGCAAUUCCAGCGACGGACUUUGUACACGAAUAUCGCGAAUGAUCGUAGUGCGGUGUAUUACACAACGAGUAUCUCAUCCACCGACCCGUUCACGAAUCUCGAUACCUUGGACCUGGAUUACUUACCUGGGUACGAAGACGUGAUUCUUGAUCCUACAACCUCCUUUGACGAGCCGGAAUUAGCUACCUUGUCUUUCUCCACGCGACUCGUUCAGAAACUCAAACUUGGGUUGAGGAGGGCGCCGUUUUUGGUGGCUUUCAUUGCGUAUAUCCCUAUUGGGAUUCUGGAGUUGCUUCUGAAUAGCACACUCAGCGCGAUCCAAUCUUUUCGCAGGAUACGGAGGUAUGAGCUGGGACGUGGAGAGGUGGAUGCGAUGUCUUACCGUGUUCCUUCGCUUUUACCGAGUUCCAUCCAAGGCGCGAUGGAGGAUGUGUAUCAGAAUGUUAAUAAUGCGCAGAGUCAUGAGUCUCUAUUCCAUUCCUCGUUUUCGAAUUCGAAUUCUACCUCAUUUUCUUACUCGGCUGUUGAAGAGGAAGAAAUUGUCGGCAAUGUGGCGGGUGUUGGUAUGGGAGGGAAAGUGUUGGCGCUUACGCCGUUGCAGUUUCGUAUGAUUGAGGAGUUGAAUCGGUUAGGUUGGAGGAAGUGGUAUGUGCAUAUUAGGAAGGCGAGGCAUAGUCAUGCGGCUGUUAUUGUGAGGACGGAGAAGCCUGCUUUUGAGGAGGGGAAGAUGGUUUUGAGACAUUGGGUUGAGGAGUUUGUUUUUUAGAGUUUUGGGGGGGUGAGGGGGGGGUUUGGAGUUUGGGAUAGAUGGAGGUUAGAUCUUGGGGAUUGGGAUGCUUAUUUUCGUAUGAGAUAAAUAUCUUGUAUUUUCCAACUUGUGAGGGUUUCUCCUUUGGGAACAUAUGAAAUGGAUGAAAUUGUAAAUAACCCGAAAGAAGAAAGUGUAAACAAUUACAUGGCGGGGAAAGCGGGACCUGCCAAGUGAUUGGCAAGACAAGACCGGGAUGUGUACAUUUAACGGUGGGGCUUGCGUAUAAAACCAGAUAGCUUGUAAAUGGGAAAAUGAAGCUAUUCAGACCUCAUUUGCGGAGUAUACAGAUAAUCCUCUUCAGUUGAACAAGUCCCCAGUGCCCAGUCAUCAUCAUCACCCCUUCCAUUUCCAACAUCGCAAGCGUUUUGGGCAGGCGCAAACGGCGGGGGCUGACUAGUACCCCACAAUUCCCUUCUUCCGGUCUAGCUCCAAGCUCGUCCCACCUCUUGUUCUUGAGCUCCGUCAAGCUCCCAUUUCGCAUCUUGUUGUCUUCAUUCAGAAUCCCCUUCAACGAAGCAUAACACAUUGUCCUGCGCUCGAUUUCGUUUGCGAAUCCCCUCAUUUACUCGUGUAAGUACUAUUCUCUGUUUUUCAUUCAUUCAUUGCACAAACGUAUCGAGGAGCGGAGCACUGGGGAAUUGGACGCGGGGAGCAUCGGGUAUCCUUGCAACUUCAUUAAUCGCUCAUAUGGUGGGUUUUGAGUCAAGAGCCAAUUGUGCGCAGCAAAACAAGAGAAGAGGAGGCGCAGUGGGUUAUUCUGUUGGCUUUUGCUUUCAGUUUGAAAAAGAAGUUUGCUGGGUUCUCUUGUUCUACCACACCUCUCACAGCUCCCGCUGUCAAGUUUCUGAUCGUCUGAUCCAUCGGAUCAUUGCGCACGCGGAUGCUAAUUGGGAGUCGCAAUAGAACUUUACGAAAUCCUUUACUUCAAUUGAUCUCGAUUUGGUCCUCGAUACUCUCUGAGACAGGUAUGGAAUUUCGCAUCUAGUUCUUCGUUCUUUCUUGCACAUUUGGUCCUAUGACCUUUGAAGCGGGGGUCUGGCAUUGUCGCAACAAUCCGAACAUUCAUUCGCAGCGUUGAUCAUUACCUUGAAAAACUCUCUAUAUCUAUCACUUCUCCAGAAUUCAUACAUACCCCAGAAUUUGCAGCUCAUCAUUCAAGAAUGAAAGUAUGCUAACAACUAUGAUCAGAACAGUCAAAAUGGCACCAACCUCAUCCCUCCAAGUCCGCGACAUCGUCCACCAACUCACCAAGCGAGAAAAGAAUUGGGCUCAGCGGGAAGUAGGAGUUGUUGUCGUCUUCUGCAUCGUCUUUAUCGUCGCGUUCGGUCUCAUUAGUCUCGCCAUUACUCGAGCAAUCAACCGAAGACGCGCACGAAUUGCCUCUCGAUCAGCCGUCUAAUUAAUAAAUCACGAUACCCAAAAGCAUGCGACCACGAGCGAGGGAGUAAUUUAUCAUGAAGGAAAAGGAACUUGGAGGAAUGGACGGGUUAUUCUCUCGCCUUCUUGCUGUACAGUACAAAGAUGCAACGAUAGGACUUAAGGGAAUUUUCUGGCGUACUUUGGGAGACUUUGACCUGAAUUUACUGCCGAAGAGGUAGGAAGGAAGGAAUGGUUAAUUUGGGAGGGUACUGGACGGACAUGGUGUUGGAAUUCACGUGGUUUGCUUGGCCUUUGCUCUACUUUUUAAUUCUCCG